AUGGCUACCGCGCGACCUUCAUCUGGGAGCUCUUUCUCUAUGGCCUCGGCGCCCUCCUUUGCAUCCCCGCUACAAUCGCCCACUCCCUCACCGGCCGGCUUCUGCAUCUUCAUCUUCAUCAUCGGCAACGGCCUCGGCUCCCUAGAGACCGCCGCAGACCCUUACAUAACCGCCCAAGCCUUCAGCGGCAUAGGCGGCAUCGUCGCCCCCCUUAUAGGUUCAUUCGUCUUUUUCGGCUUCGACAACGAGGAGAGAGCGCUUCAGAAUGUCCAGUGGGUGUACAUGUCCAUCGCCAUCUUUGUCUUCAUCCUUGCGGGUGUUUUUAUCCUGGCGGAGAUACCUGAGAUGACCGACGCGGACAUGGCGCUGCAGGAGGAGGCUGCUGCGAAGAAGGGCAGGGUGUUGGGGACGGAAGCGUAUCAAGUUUAUGUUGAGGAGCAACCACAUGCUAUUGGGCCAGUAGCAAAGGAGUUGCUUUUUCAUGCGGCGUUUGCCGAGUUUUGUUAUACUGGGGCGUAUGUUGCUGUUGCGAGGAUCAUGACUUGUGUGAAGGCGAGGAAAGUCUUUUUGGGGUUUGUGACCAUGUGUUGGGAUUUGACCGCUCCGGCGAUCACGCAGAGGGGAAACGUGGGGAUGAGUAUGUCGUUUGUUGUUUUGUUCUUUGAGAGUAUUUGGUUUCCUACGAUUGUGGCUUUGGGGAUGAGGAGGUUGGGGAGGCAUACCAAACGAGGGGCGGGGAUCAUUACUGGGGUUUUUGGGGGUGCGGUGGUGCCGCCUUUGUUGGCUGCUGUGGCGGAUAGUGACCGGGGGAGGAUGGGGACGGCGUUGGGCAUGCGGUGCCGAUGGUUUCUCUUUGGCAAGGUGGACGUAUGCGUUGGCGGUGCAUUUUUCGGGACGGUAUAG